AUAAUCAUUAAAUCUUUUAUUUUGGAAUGCCUCUCCGGAGGUCCUGUUGAAAAACAUUUCUCACUUGACAGUAGAGGUGUUUUCUGCGGGUGCUGGAAGCGGUGGACAGCGGCAAGACAGAAAUCUGUAAAGAUGGCCUCGGCAACAGCGACCUACGGGCAGAAGGAGUCUUCGGACCAGAACUUCGACUAUAUGUUCAAGAUCCUCAUCAUUGGCAACAGCAGCGUGGGGAAGACGUCCUUCUUGUUCCGCUACGCUGACGACUCCUUCACGCCAGCGUUUGUCAGCACCGUGGGCAUCGACUUCAAGGUGAAGACGAUCUACAGGAACGACAAGAGGAUCAAACUACAGAUCUGGGACACGGCAGGUCAGGAGCGGUACCGCACCAUCACCACAGCCUACUACCGAGGAGCCAUGGGCUUCAUCCUCAUGUAUGACAUCACCAACGAGGAGUCCUUUAACGCCGUGCAGGACUGGUCGACCCAGAUUAAGACGUACUCGUGGGACAACGCCCAGGUGCUGCUGGUCGGAAACAAGUGUGACAUGGAGGACGAGCGAGUGGUGGGCGGAGAGAGAGGCCGCCAGCUCUCUGAGCACCUCGGUUUUGAGUUUUUCGAGGCCAGCGCGAAGGACAACAUCAACGUGAAGCAGACCUUCGAGCGUCUGGUUGAUAUCAUCUGCGAAAAGAUGUCUGAGAGCCUGGACGCAGGAGAUCCCGCCGUCACAGGGGCCAAACAGGGGCCCCAGCUGACAGAGCAGCCUGCUCCACCUCACCAGGACUGUGCAUGUUAAAGCUGGCUCCUCCCCUGAACCUCCGUCUCCCCCGGCCGCACCCUGGGCCGCUGGUCCAUGUUCCAUCGCCCCUUUGUCCUCCUUUCCUGUUCUUUCUGUCACCUACGUGGAUCAUUGGCUGAUGAUCACAAGAACCGGGCUGGAAAGUGUCUGAAAUCGCCCGAGAUGCUAAAGAAUCCGUGUCUGAGCGAGCUCAGUUCAACCCAAGUGUUUCAGGCUCUUUGCAGGCCAGGUUCUUGAACGUUCCCAACCUCUCUUCUGUUGUCUCCUCGCCUCAGUGUGGUGUUACAGGAAGGAUUUGGCGGCGUCAUCUCCAGUGCCAUUUAAAUCCUUCAGAUGUUUACAGUACUUUGUUUCAUGCCCAGUCUCUUACAUUGUGGAGGAGGUUGCAGUGGGACCCAGUGGUGACCCAGCUGCUCCAUAAUGAUGUCUGGUCUCACCUGGUGUCUAACGCAUUAUUGUUGUUCAUAGCUCAUCUCCUUUACUUUGCUUUGUUUAUUUCCUUUUUUAUUUAAUUUUUUUUCUUUUUUAUUCUUGAUAUAUAACACUGACUGUGGAAAAUAUGAACAAGACAGAGAUAGAGACAUUUUAUUUAAUGAUAUUUAUUUUAAAUGUACAUAUACAUGUUGUGCAAUAUAUAAGACCUACAAGUAUGCAUUUCUGGUAAUGAAUUUAAAACGAAUGAAGUUCUAUGAUAGUAGUAUAAAAUAUAAACGGUCUAUGCUGUGGGAUUUGUGUGUGUGUGUGUGUGUGUGUGUGUGUGUGUGUGUGUGUGUGUGUGUGUGUGUGUGUGUGUGUGUGUGUGUGUGUGUGUGUGUGUGUGUGUGUGUGUGUGUGUGUGUGAGAGACUCCAUUUCUCCGUUUGCUCUAUUUUGCCGGUUUCGUGCUGCUUUCUAGUGAUGCAGAAAGUCAAAAAGUCAGAAAAUCAUGCUUCCUGGUAAGGAAAUGCAGCAAAAUGGCCCUUUAAACACAGUGGUGGAAAGAAGGCACUCACUGGAGACACCUUCUUUCUUUCUGACAUCAGGAGUUUUUCAACACAAUCAAAAGGUCUGAGUCUUUUGAAAUCUAAAGUCAUUAUUUUCCUGAAUGGAACCAUGGAAAAUGUGAAGAUUUCCUGUUAGUCAUUCAGACAUUUCUCCUGAUCGAUUGCUCUGGUAUUUUGAUUUAUUGUGACAGUUUAACCCAAUGGAGAGAGAGGAAACAUAGAAAGGAUAAGGUGACAUCGUUGUUUGCUGCUGUUAUGCGGCACAAACACUAACCAGCUAGACUCAUUCAGCGUGAUGUGAACCCUGCACAACAAUGGCUGUUCCUUCAAAAUAAAGUUAUAUCAACAGACAGCUGCAGAGGAGCAGAGAUCGACCUGAUGGUAGAUAUGCUGUCCAGUGCCUGGACGACCAUAAUGAUUACUACAUCUGCUUCAGUGGUGAAUGCAGGUUGCACUGAAGGCUCCAGGCCUGCAGGGAGGGCUGCUGUUGGCACAUGUGUUGCACUGACAGACGUUCCUCUGUUCACCAGCCAGAGCGGCUCAUAGGGAGACCUUCAUGAGAUGCUCCCAGGUGCUUGUGGACACUGUAUUUGGCUGCUUGUGUGCAGUGGUUUGUCUAACGCUCAGAUAUUGGCUGGUUGGCAGCACCAUUAAGUCAAACAGCUGGAGGCUAAAUAAGGUUCCCACAGACCGCAGCACGGGUUAUGUUUUCAUGCGUCACAUUUCUAUGAACUCAUGAACUCGCUCUCUGUCUCAGACGCUGGAAGCAUCUGUGCACGUGUAUUAAAACAUCUCCAACAGUAGGUUUGCCAGCUAUUGUGCCGUUGUACUUCACCAAAGGAUGCAGUGGAAGCAGCUGCGUUUGCUGUGCGAUUCCAGAAGGAGCAGUGUUGGCGCUUUUGAGUUUGACGUUGUAAAUAACAAUAUGUGCUCCGUUGUGGGCUGAAGUGGCCCCAUAACUGCAUGUUGAUUUUUACUCAAGGUUUGCUGGCGUGUUAUGCAAUCUGAACGUUCCAAAUGCCGUUUUCCUUAUGAAGAUUUCAGUCACUUUGAGACUUUGACUAAAGCAUAUCUGGCUGAACGUGUAGCGAGGGAUCAUUUAGACAGGAACUAUCACUUCGAACCUGGGAGAUGAUUUCAGUCCUGCAUACGUGUUACUUCUUACUAAUGUGACUGUUUCCUUUUUGGUCAAAUCCAAAACUUUUAAACUGUUCUCCUUUCUAAUAUGUCUUCCUCUCUAUAUAAACCAGACCUGUAAAUAUUCUACCUUUGAGUCUUAUGUGUGGAUUGUGUCGUAUCAACUCAGGCUUGCAACAAAAAAAAUGGAAAAAAAUGCAACAAAACCUGAAAAUCCCCAAAAGAGCCAUGCUGUACUGUAUCUGCAUUCAUUUCUAGGCCUGCUUGUGAAUGAAUGUGUCACUCAUUUAUGAAGCAAUACACACCACGGUAUCUACACAAAAAAGAAACGCCAUCCAGCUUGGUAGAGGCUGCCGACUUUAGAUCUUCUACUAGCACGUAGAAACAUAGUUAACUUUGUUUGGUCUUGUCACUGCCUCUUCAGAUUCUCCUCCGUUUGGGCCAUUGAGGUGAGAGACUACGCUGUGGAUGUUUUUACCUGUACUUUGUGGUAAAGAAUAAAUCAGUUGCUAACAA